AUGCUCUGGGAGUGGCUAGUGAUGCCACAGGGGCUAAGUGACUCCCCCGCAACGUUCAACCGAUGUGUUACAAAUCUGUUGCGAUCGGUGCGCGACUUCGCACCGAGUUACUUCGACGAUGUCUUCGUUCAUAUCCGGGCUAUGGAUGGAAAGGCGGGCGUGGAGGCUCAUGCAAUCCACUUCCGGAAGGCUAUUACACUUAUGCGUGAGCAUAAGUUGUUCGCGAACCUCAAGAAGUGUAUAUUCGCAGCGAACGAAAUACCGCUUCUUGGCUGCAUCGUGGGUAAACACGGCGUACGCCCUGAUCCAGAAAAGAUCAAGUCGAUUAGUGACUGGCCUGUGCCAGCCGACGUCAAGGGACUUCGAAAGUUCCUUGGCUUGGCGGCGUGCUUGCACAAAUACUCGCGCAACUAUGCCGAGAUGACCGUACAUCUCUCUCGUCUGCUAAAGAAAAACGAGAGGUGGUCAUGGACGAGCCCGUUUCGAAAUGAGAAGAACACCUUCGUGGUCGAGAGCCAAGACCACCUUCAAGUGGUCCCGUUUCAACUAACCAGUCUAAUCGUCUAG